AUGGACCUGUGGACUCACUCCUUCACUGUAUCCAACACUGCUUUGUCGGUAGACCGCUUCAGCACUGCGCUCGACAGCACCGACGGGGCUGCGAUGACGAUAACACUGGGGCUUAUGGUACACUUCAACGGUAGCACGCGGUGGCCCUCUUCGUCAGUGGCCCGCUCUCCUGGUUGCCACGGCGCACGCUCUUUGCCACGUCGGCGGCAUUUCCCCCGACUACGCCUGUGGUGCUGCGACGGCAAUCACGCCGGAGGUUGCUACCACGGGCGACCACGCCGGCGGUCUGCUGCGACGGCGACCACACCGGCGGUCUGCUUCGACAGCGACCACGCCGGCGAUCUUCUGCGACGGCAACCACGGCGGCGACCAUGCGACAUGAGGCGCAUUCAUUUUCUCCUCUUCUUUGUAGUGCGGCUUCGCGCCUCCUCUUACAACGUUUGGCGGGACCAGAGCGCGGCCAUCUGGCUGGGCUCGGUCGGACGCAGACUGCACUGCCUCGUCCCUACCCUCUUCUUUGGGGGUUAA